AAGACAUCCGAGGAGGACAAGCAUUCGGUUUCGUGGAGGGUCGUGGUGUUUUGGCACCCAUGCUGCUAUACAUGCAGGUUUGAGGAUAUAAAAAUCCUGGAUCAUGGAUGCAACGCCCCGUAAUGUACAGCUUUUAGCUCAGACGAGACAGUCACCUAAACACAUGAUUGACGAAUGUCCUGACGGCAGUGGGGAGCCCCAACCUACCAAAAGAAAGAUGGAGAAGGUGUUCAAUCUGUUGGAGAAACAUGGACUGGAGCAGUUCUACAGACCAAUCAAAAACCUUGGUGUCAGUGAUGAAAGGGACUUCAUCAUCAAAAUCACGGAGGAGAAUUUGAUAGAUAUAGGUUUAAGUCAGGUGGAGAGGAAGCGCUUUGAAAGCCUGAAGACUGAGAUACAGAGACUUGGAAUAGUUGGUGCCCCUGCCAUAGCAAGAUCAUUGACGCCAUUUUCUCUCAAGUAUUCAUUCCCAAAAUGUCCAGAAGCAAAAGAGUUACUUGGCAUGGAUCCAAAGAACACCGUUGAGGAUGUUAUGCUCAGAAUCCGGCAUGAGGAAAAUUUGGGCAGAAAUAUGUCUGUAUGCCUGUUCACUGCUGAUGGCAUGCCACUGAGUGAGGAUCCCUAUUUCAAUACCUGGUCGCUUGAAGACAGGCAUAUUGAAAAUGGCAGUGAACUCUAUGCUAUUUUCACACCAAAGAACAACCUCAGAGAGUCUCCCCAAAUGCCAAACCUACCAGCUCUGGAGGACACAUACAACGAUGUUGUCUGUUGCCACAUAAUGCUGAAGGGCACGUUUGACAUCAGUGUGGACUUGGAGUCUGAUACUGUCUUAGACGUGAAAACAAGACUUGCAGCAGAGAGUGGAAUACCAUCCCAUGUGCUACAAUUAAGAUAUUGGGAUUGGGAUUGUGAUAUUUCCCGAACACUGAAGGAUCUCGACAUUACAGAAGAAUCAGAGUUGGAAUUCUACUUGUCAUCUUUUGAUGAGGAGGAUCCAAGCUUCAAUGAAUUCUUCACAAAUGAUGUCACACCCUCAGUGACACAAACCCAGAAGGGCAUGAGUGUCUUUUAUGCGACUUUAAAAUCCAUGACACAAGUACAGACAGAAACGUACUCAAAGGAACGGAUGAAGAACGUUGUGGGCUACAUCCGCAAACUCACAGGGUGUCAUCCUUUGGCUCAAAGUUUGUACGUGCUGGUCUGUGAAAAUGACACUGUAACCAGACUUCAGAAGAUCAUUGUAGUUGAAGGACUUUACUUUCUGUUCAGAGAGCUGUUAUCACAAUUGUCAAAGGAACAAGUCAUUGAGGACAAUGAAGUCUUUGAGGAAUCUGCUGUUUGCUGGGCUUACCUAUUGACGGAAGCAAAGGAUGAGGACUCGGAGCAUGAAGAUUUUGACUAUAUAUCUCUGUCUUGUGAAGAGACAAAUGACCGUUUUAUGGAGCCAGUUCGCAUUGGAGAAAAUCCUAGUGUGUUCGAGAAAUCUUAUGUACUACAGAAAUUUAGGGAUGACGAUGCGCUUCCCAACUGCAGUUUACAGAGCAUGGCAGAAACUGCUCACAAGAGGGCAACUGACAUUGAGAAAAGUUUGCUCAGUACUCCACUUUGGAUGAUGGGAAUUGAGAAAUGGACCUCACAUGGUUGUGUGACUUGUUCCAACUUCAGCGUAAAUACAGAGAAAACACUUGCAAAAGUGAAAGAGGAAAUGACUUCAUACCCUCACUUGCAAGUAUCUCCACCUUUAUCACUGAAGGAGGUUGGAGUCCAAGGGCCACUGCUGGUGUAUCUUGACAAUGACAACUUGGGUGUAUACGACUCAAAAUUCAAAGGUUGUUCCCAGAACGUGCAUAUCUUCAAUUGUCUCAAGGGAAAAUGCGAGACUGUGGACUUGAAUGAACUUUCAAAUAAACUAGGAGAUGUCAGGACUGACAAAGCUCUUAGGACAAGUCGGACCCCACAUGAGGCAAUAAUGGUCCUUAUGGAUGCAAGUGGCUCCAUGUAUGACAAAUGCUGUUAUUCAGACAUCGCCAUGGAGAGGCUGACCGCUGUCAAACAACUGUUCAAUUCAUUUGCGGACAGAAGUAUGGCUUACAAUUUCCACAGUGUAAUUUCCCUGGUGAGAUUUGGUGGAGAUGUUAAAAUGAUCCAUACAUUCACCGAAAACCUGCCAACGUUUCAGCAAUGCGUUGACACGCUACACGCUGCUGGGGAUACUCCACUUUACGAUGCCUUAAAGCUAAGCGUGGAGGAACUGGACAAAGUGAAAAAGCAGUUCCCAAACUGCCGGCUACGCGUCUUGUGUCUCUCCGAUGGAGACGACAACGGAUCGAGCAUGGCUCCUGCUGCGGUUGCUAACAAACUGAUGGAGUCCAACAUAGUUGUUGACAGCAUUAAUGUUGGCACCUCUGACAACAGGAUUUUGAAGGCCAUCAGCCACGCAACAGGUGGCUGUUGCUUUAAACCAGUCACUAGUGCCGAGGCACUGAAGCUGUUUGAGAUGGAGACUCUGCUGUCAUUGGAGAGCAGGAAACUGAGGCCCAAACCAAGUCUUCCAUUGAGGGAUGAAGAGGCCUUACUGGCACUUUCUGAAUCUGCUGCCUACGACAGAGAGCCAACUGUCAACCUGCCUGAGAAGAUUAAGAACAAGGUGACAAUGACUAAAAAUGUUUUAAAAAAGAAGAUUCAGCAAUCAAGAAAUGGCUGCUUCUUCUUGAAUAAAGAUAAACGGAUUGUGGAGGAACUGAAAAACCUUCACUGUGACCCUCACCCUUACUGCUCUGUGUUUCCAUCAGAAACCGAUGUCUCCUUCUGGAAGAUGCUGCUUCAGGGGCCUCCUGACACCCCGUAUGAGGCUGGAGUGUUUGAGCUCUACUGCGAGUUUGGCCCAAAGUACCCCAUCAAACCCCCUCUGCUAAGAUUUGUCACCCCAGUGUACCACUGCAAUGUGAACAGCAUUGGGCGAAUCUGCCAUAACAUCUUUGAUCGCAACUACUCGACCCACAUCACCAUGAGGGAAAUUGUCGACGCUGUCUAUGGCCUCCUCAUCACCCCAGAGCCUGACGACCCGCUAGACAGUGUGUUAGCAGAACUGUAGUUGACCAAUCCAGCAAAAUACAAUGAAGAAGCCCAGAAGCACACGGCACGCUGCGCAAGUAAGACUGUGGAUGAUUCUGAGAAGGAAAUGGUUGGACCAGAGCUGAGCGCUGACAAAGUGCCACCAUCCAUUGUGUGUCCUCUCACUAAAAAGGUGUUUGUAGAGCCGAUCAUAACUAAAGAGGGCAUGGUGUACGAGCGUAAAGCCAUAGAGGAGCACCUAAAAAAGAGCAACAAAGAUCCAAUUACCAACAAUCCUCUUAUGAGAACGGACCUAAAAGGGGACAAGGACAUGAGAAAAAGAGUGAAAGAAUAUCGCAAGCUACAAAUUUCAACACCCGUGUGAUUAGCAAUACUGUGUGAAAAGGUGUAAUUCAAUCACGACACAUUUUAAAGAACAACUAAUUGUAUGACACCACUUACUGUAUAUUUUUUGUACUUGGAAGACUGCUUUGAAUUUGAAUUAAUGUGUAUACAUGUAUAUUUGUGUCUUGCAUCAUUGAUUUUAUUUGGGAUCUUUGAGUUUUCAGGUUUUGCCCUCUCUUGAUUUUUUUUUAAGUCUUAUCAGGUUUUACGGUGUCUUGAGGUGUGGAUGAUGAAAAAUCAUUGUCAAAAUUGGCCAGUACUUGGAUUAUACUUAUUCCCCCCAAUGAUGUGUUGUCACUGUCAAGAUAAUAUCUCCUGCCUGUGUCUUUAGUUUGCAGUGUGUUUACUAACAGUUUAUAGUGUUUCCAUUUGCAGUGCCUUCAGUAACAGUUUGUAGUGUUUCCGUUUGCAGUGUCUUGAUACUACCACUUUGUAGUGUUUCUGUUUGCAGUGUCUUCAGUAACUUUUUGCUAAAUCUUACUCUGUUUUCUUGUUUCUUUUCAACCAGUGUGAUGUGCCUUCACUGCCUAUUUGCAGUGCCUUUAGUAGUUCCUGCUGUUGUCGUGUCUUGUUGAAAUCAAAAUAAAAACAUACGCUAUAGCCUGUA